CUUUGUUAUGAGCAGCAGAGAAGGUAAGGGCAGGUAUAUACAAGCCAAUGGAGGCUUUAGGCUUUGGUGCCUGGAACGCCACCAUGAACAAAAUCAUAAAUAAGCUUGGGGACCUUGCAGUCGAGCAGUACACGUCGAUCAAGGGAGUCCACGGCGAUAUCCAGUACAUCAGCGACGAGCUAGGAAGCAUGCGGGCCUUCCUCUGCAAGCUCAGCGUCGGCGGUGGCGACCAUCACGACGACGAGCAGACGGUGGACUGGAUGAAGCAGAUCCGCGACGUCGCCUAUGACAUCGAGGACUGCAUCGACAACGUCGCCCUCCGCCUCGGGAGCGAGCCCCACGGCGGCUGCGGGUACAAGCUGCGCAGAGCGUGGUACGUGGCCACUACGCUGCAAGCGCGCAGCGACAUCGCCGCCGAGAUCGGCGACCUCAAGCUUAGGGCACAGCACAUCGGCGAGCGGCGCGUGAGGUACGGGGUGACCAACCCAGAGAAACCAAAAGGGAGUGGUGGUGGUGGUGCCGCCGCGAAGAGCGCCUCCGGUGCAGGACAUCAUCCUCCUGCCUCCUUCCGGGAGAGAGACCGUCUGCUACCUGCCUCCCUGGUGGUGGGAACGAAUGAGCCCGAGGUGAUGAAGGACGACAUAGGCGAACUAGUGGAAUGGUUGAGCGACGUCAGGGAGACGAAGAAAACGAAGAUCCUUGCCAUUGUCGGCUUCGGCGGCCUCGGCAAGACUACGCUAGCAAUGGCGUUGUACCGGAAGUUGACCGAGCAGUACGAUUCCCGAGCACUGGUCCAGAUGUCGCACAAACUGGAUUCCUUGGAGCUUCUAAGGAGCAUUCUCGAGCAGGUUAGGAUGCCUCGAGAUCAGGGUUAUGGCAGUGCUUCUGCUGAUCCGCUCCGACAAAUUGAAGGCUUCACGGAGGCGCAGAUCAAGAGCAAGAUCAAAAACCUUCUGAAAAAGAAAAGUUAUUUCAUCCUAAUUGAUGAUGUCUGGUCUACAUCGUCUUGGCAAAACAUUUCUGAUACUUUGCCGAGAGAAAGUCAGGGUAGCAUCAUAGUGUUGACUACAAGGUUCAGGUCUGUGGCUGAUGCCUGCUGCCCUGAGGAAGUUCAGCCUGAGAACAAUAGGGUCUACACACUAAAACCACUCACCGAGGAAAAAUCUGAACGCAUAUUCCUAGAAAGAGCCCCUGGCGCUGAUCGCGAAAAUUUCAAAGAUAAAAUAGACCUGAUAUUGAAGAAAUGUGGAGGCCUGCCAUUGGCUAUAGUUGUAGUUGCAGGUCUUUUAGCCAGUAACCUGCAAUCAAAGUCCCACUGGGAGAAUGUGACCACUUCUUUAAGCUCAUCGGCAUUGGAGAGUGAACUCACCACGGAGGGAGUGACACAAAUACUUGAUCUCUGCUAUGAUGAUUCUUCAUCUGAUUACCAGACUUGUUUGCUCUACCUGAGCCUGUUUCCGAAAGGCUCCCGUAUUAGUAGGAAACGCUUAAUCCGACGAUGGAUCGCUGAAGGCUUUAUUGGCAAUAAGCCUGGAAAGACAGUCGAGGAAGCCGGUGAGGAUUAUUUCAAUGAGCUCAUUGACAGGAACAUGGUUCGACCAGUAGACCUAAGCAGCAACGGGAAAGUGAAGAAUAUCCAAGUUCAUGACAUGAUCCUUGAGUACAUCAUGUCCAAAUCAAGUGAAGAUAAUUUCAUCACGGUGGUUGGUGGCCACUGGCUUACGAAGACGCCAUGGAACCGAGUCCGGCGUCUAUCCAUCCAAAGCAUCGAUCGAGAGCAUGGUAAAACACCAAUAGAGAGGCUGAGACUCUCACAUCUCCGAUCACUAACGGCAUUUGAGAGUUUAAAAGAGUUGCCAAGUUUUCCAUCCAAGGUUGUCAUACUUAAGAUAUUGGACCUUGAGGGUUGCAAAAAUCUACCUGGCGACCUUCUUGACAAGAUAUGCAGAAUGUUUCAUCUGAGGUACCUAAGCUUGCGCAAGACGGACAUCAAUCAUCUGCCCUCUAGAAUUGGUAAGCUGCACUACUUGGAGAUAUUAGACAUUAGGGAGACAUACGUGAAGAAGCUGCCAACGUCAGUUGAGCAUUUGAAGCAAUUGACCCAUCUUCUUUGCGGUAACAAAAGAAAGCGGCUUGGCCUGAAGUUAACUCAAGGGAUCACAAAGAUGGCAGCUCUAAGUACACUCUCUGGCAUCGAGAUUGGACAGAGUUCAAGCACGACCCUUGCCAACCUGCACUACCUCACCAAGGUGAAAAAGCUCAGCAUCUACAGGAUUGAAAAUCACUAUCCUCAACCUCAAGCUGAUAAGAUCUAUGCACGGCUACGAUCUGCCAUCCAGACACUCAGCAGCGGCUCCCUGAAAUCACUUGCAGUUAAUGAUGAUUCCACUGACGACGAUUCACUUUCUCAUGGUUAUUUCCUUGAUUCACUUCAUUCUCUAUCCGAUCCUCCAGUACACCUCCGUGCUUUGAAGCUUUCUGGCAAGUUGUCUAAGAUACCUAAAUGGAUUGAAAGAAUGGAAAACCUUGAAAGGUUAACCCUGUCAUUAUCUGUACUCAGGACAAAUGUUCUGCGAAUUGUCGGUACCCUGACUACACUAUUCUCCCUCACGUUUUUUCUCAAUUCGUCACAACUGAGCAAAACUGUCCGCAAAACACUGGAGGAGAAUACAAGAUGUUCAGGAGGGGAGAUUUUUGUGCCAGCCAAAAACGGGGACGAGGCAGAUGGCAAACUAACGGUAUUAUUCCCAAGCCUUAGGCUACUUCGCUUCAUGACACCAGUGAUUCCGUUGCUUGCCUUCCAGGAAGAGGCGAUGCCAAAGCUGCAAAGGCUAGAGCUACGGUUUGGAAUGUUGGAGGGUGUUCAUGGCUUGGAGAACCUUUCGAGUCUCCAACAAGUGCUCUUUGGAGUCAAUAGUCGGGCCUCUCAAGUUGCCAAGGAGAAGGAUCGUACUUCUCUUCGGAUCGUAUUUAUUUGAAGAGGGAGACUGUAGCACGGAAUCCCGUGCGACGGGACACAUUAAUUAAAAUUUCAAAACGCACAUCCCUCCCUACUGCAUUAAGUGAGAGCAGCGGCGGCAACAGACUCGCACGGUCGGCUCACUAAUUCAUCCUGUCGCACGCGAUCCCGAUCUGCAUUCUUUCUGUUAUUUGAAUUGUCACGUCCUUCUUUUUGGUUGGUUGGAACAUACACAGCACCGUCAUUGUCCAUUCCACCUAUCUCUCUCUCGUUCUCUGAUCCUUCACCGCCACUGCCAUUGCCCUUGCCUCCCCUCGCCCACGCCUCCCUGUCUUUGGCACCUCUCCCGGCCGUACUUUCCUGCAUGGUCCCACCUUCAAGCGUGCCGGUGUUGUGCCUCUGGCCAAGCCUGAGCGCGCCGCCGUUGCGCUGUCCUCCACUGGCGUUGUGCCCUUCCACUACCAAUGCUGCCUCCCAUUGGGGUUGCAUCCCACCGAUGCACAGGAUACUCUUAUAUUUUUAUCAAUGUUUUAGCAUGGUGGAAUGGUAACUCCUAGUACACAUACUCUUAUAUUUUUUUUUAAAUGUUUAAUUGGUGGAAUAAAAACUAACUGAUAUCAUCCAGGUAUCGUUAUGUGAUCAAUUGACACAUAUUGAUACUUACUAACACCUGUUGAUAUGUUCACUGCUUAGAACCUAAUGGGUACCCUAUCUAUUAAUUAUAUAUAUAAUGUAAUAGGAAAAUGAGC